UGCCAAUGUUUCCUCAUCCACCAGAACAUACAAAAGGAGGAGCUAGUGGCUCGUGCUAUAUGUUGGCUUUGAAGCUCUCUCUCUCUCCACCCGAAUCACCCAAAAAUGGCUUGGGCUCUCCUCUCUCCCAGACUGAUCAACGUCCCAUUCUCUCACGCCACCAUCAACGCCAAGACCAACUACAGCAGACAGUGGAGCAGCGCUACAACAAGAAGAAGAACAACUAUCAGAGCUAAUGCUGCAGACAAGGGCAAGGACAAGGACAAAGACAGCCCUGCCUUCAAUCCCUUUGGUUUUGUAACAGACAACCCUUCAAGCCGGAGUUCUAUCCAGCUUCCGGAGAACCCCGCCGAGGACGGCAAUGUUGGACAAAUGCUUAAUAGGAUAGAAGACAAGGGAAAGGAAUAUGGCUCAUACAUAAAAUCUGGGAAGUUUAGAUGGUUUGUAAGGGAAACUGGAUCAGCUGAGACCCGACGUGGAACAAUUGUCUUCCUUCAUGGGGCCCCAACACAAUCUUAUAGCUAUCGAGUUGUUAUGUCUCAGAUGUCAGAUGUUGGGUUCCACUGCAUUGCACCUGAUUGGAUAGGAUUUGGUUUCAGUGACAAGCCACAGCCAGGAUAUGGCUUCGAUUACACAGAAAAGGAGUUCCACGAGGCAUUUGAUAGAUUACUCGAUGUUCUCAGUGUCAAAUCUCCUUUUUUUCUCGUUGUUCAGGGGUUUCUUGUCGGUUCAUAUGGAUUGACUUGGGCCUUGAAAAACACCAGCAAGAUAUCAAAGCUUGCAAUUUUGAACAGUCCGUUGACAGUUUCAGCUCCCAUUCCUGGACUGUUUCAACAGCUAAGAAUCCCUCUUUAUGGUGAAUUCACAUGCCAGAAUGCUAUUAUGGCUGAGCGCUUUAUUGAAGCAGGUAGCCCUUAUGUCUUGAAGCUGGAAAAGGCCGAUGUGUAUCGGUUACCAUAUUUGGCAAGUGGUGGACCUGGAUUUGCUCUGCUCGAAGCUGCAAGAAAGGUUAAUUUCAGAGAUAUCUUAAGCCAAAUAGCAGCAGGCUUUGCAUCUGGAAGAUGGGAUAAACCUGUACUACUUGUUUGGGGAAUAUCAGACAAGUAUCUGCCUCAAUCUGUGGCAGAAGAGUUUCAGAAAGGAAAUCCCACUACUAUCAAGCUUAAGUUAAUAGAAGGUGCCGGUCAUAUGCCACAAGAGGACUGGCCCGAGAAAGUGGUCGAUUCUUUGAGGGUGUUUUUCUAAUGUCAACGCAUGAAUCAAAGCGAUAAUCCUUAAGAUUGGUUCAUUGCCAAGUAUUAAUAUCCAAAUGUGCUGCCAUUUGUUUGUAGGAAAUACCUAUUUCAUGAGCAAAGAAAUAAUCAGCCUUCCAAAGUGUUCCUUGUCAUUAUGGUCAAAAUCAUUGUCAUUGCACAAACCUAGGUAUUACCAAGGGUAAUAGCUGAUGCUAAUUGAUUUGAGCAAUAUUUUAUUUCUUUGGACACCUUGGAAAUAUGAAAUAUGCCCCUUUUCUGAAAAUGUCAUUACCUUCUGAUUAUAGUAUGUUCCAUUUUGAGGUAGAUCCUGUAUCUGGGGCUAGUUUAUUACUAGGCUCAUAUGAUUAAUAACUGAUUUUGUCUUGAAACAACCUCUUGGUCCCUUUUGAUUGAAGCCGAUCAAGGACAGAUUUACAAGGGGAGGCCGGCAUGGCGCCCCCAAGUCCUCCAAUCUCAACAUUUUGACUCUACAGUUUUCUCCUAUGGCCCCACAAGCUUGAGAAAUUACCAUAGACAUGGAUUCAGAUAGACUUAUUCCUGCCAAAAAAAUGUAGAGCAAUUUUUUUCGCAAUCAAUUUUCUUCUUAUACAUGGAUUCAGAUAACUUUUGAACACCUUGAAAUUAGAAAUACCUGUUACAUUUAACCGAACACACAUCUGCUAGUUCAGCAUGAGCAGUAACAUUUCCUACUUGGCAAUCUGA